AUGAGGCCAAAGACUUUUCCUGCUACGACGUAUUCUGGAAACAGCAGACAAAGGUUACAAGAGAUCCGGGAAGGUUUAAAGCAGCCAUCCAAAUCUUCAGGUCAGGGGCUGCCUAUUGGACCAGGCAGUGAAACUUCUCUGGACCCUAAGAUUAUAAUGGGGAAGGAUGCUGCAAGGCAGCAGCAGAUGAGACAAACGCCCAAGUUUGGACCUUAUCAGAAAGCUCUGCGAGAAAUUCGAUACUCUUUGCUGCCUUUUGCCAAUGAGUCCAGCACUACAGCAGCCAUUGAAGUAAACAGGCAGAUGCUGCAGGAACUGGUGAAUGCAGGUUGUGAUCAGGAGAUGGCUGUCCGAGCACUGAAGCAGACAGGUAGCAGAAGUAUUGAAGCAGCUCUGGAGUAUAUCAGUAAGAUGAGCUACUUGGAUCCUAGAAAUGAACAGAUAGUGCGUGUAAUCAAGCAAACCUCACCGGGCAAGGGUAUUGUGCCAAAUAAUGUAACCCGCAGGCCAAGCUUUGAAGGAUCAAAUGAAGCUUUUCCGUCCUACCAUCAGAUCAGUAAUGCAGCCUAUGAAGGGACAGGCUUUGGAGCAGAAGGUGCAAAUAUGCUUACUGAAGUUCCAAGGCAAUACAUGGACUAUUUAAUCUCGACGUCGCAGUCUUCAGCCAUGAAUGCUGCUGUACAGCGACCCUCUGGAGUAGGCACUCACAGCACACCAACAAGCCAUCAGCAGAAAACAUACCCUGCGAAUAUUGAGUCUUCUGUGAUUAAUUACCCAGUGGCUAAUCACAGCGGUCAAGCUUUGCAGCUGCAGGCGUCCCAUGGCUCCAACAGCCAACAUUACAGUAGGCAGCACAUGAUGGUGCAGGGGGAACCGAUGGGGUAUGGUGUUCAGCGGAGUCCAUCCUUCCAAAACAAGAUGCAGCAGGAGGGAGGAUAUGCCAAUCUCCCAAAUAAAGGGGCAGUUGUUCAGAAUAACACUGGUCAUGCGUUUCAGCAGGCACCAGCAAGCCUGUAUAUGUCACAUUCUCAUCACAAACAGACAAGUCCUUCUUCUCAUCAAAUGCAUGUGAUACCCAGAGGUCCAGCCUUUGCUAAUGAUUUUUCAGACAGUCCACCACAAAAUCUAUUAACUCCGUCUAGAAACAGCCUAAAUAUGGACCUCUAUGACAUGAAUAAUCCUCAAGUUCAGCAGUGGCAGGCAGCAACACCAUCACGCCGAGACUCUUUACAAAACCCAGGAAUAGAAGCAUCUCCACGGCAACACGUAUCCUUCAGACCCGAUGCCACAGUGCCGAGCAGAACAAACUCCUUUAACAAUCACCAGCAACAGCCACAAGUGACAGUAUCUAUAAGGCAAGUUCCUCCGGGAAAACCUGAUCCUUCAAUUACAUCUCCAAAUACAACCACAGCAGUCACAUCUGCUCAUAUUCUCCAGCCGGUGAAGAGCAUGCGAGUGAUGAGACCUGAGCCUCAGACUGCAGUGGGGCCUUCCCAUCCUGGUUGGUUACCUGCACAGGCACCAGCUGUGGAUGGCUUGGAGAUCAUUGAGCAGCAUGUGCCACCUGUUGGAGCAGCUACUGCUUAUCAGCUUGAUGUGGAUUACGGGAACCAGGAGCUGCGGUGUCCACCACCACCGUAUCCCAAGCAUUUGCUACUUCCUGGUACCUCUGAGCAGUUUGAUAUCAACUGCUUAUGCAUGGGCAUGGAGCAGACCCUCCGUGUAGUGCCCAGUUCAACAUGCAGUAAGGCUGAGGAGAACAGUGAGCGAAAUGAUAAAAGCACCAAGAGCAGUAAAGCCGAAAAACCAAGCAAGGAUAAAAAGCAGAUCCAGACAUCUCCUGUGCCUGUGCGAAAAAAUGGCAAAGACGAGGAAAAGCGAGAAUCCCGAAUAAAGAGUUACUCGCCUUUCGCCUUCAAGUUCUACAUGGAGCAACAUGUGGAAAAUGUCAUAAAGACCUACCAGCAGAAAAUUAACAGAAGAUUGCAGUUGGAGCAAGAAAUGGCAAAAGCUGGCCUUUGUGAAGCAGAACAGGAACAAAUGAGGAAAAUUCUCUACCAGAAGGAGUCCAACUACAACAGACUUAAAAGGGCCAAAAUGGACAAAUCUAUGUUUGUGAAAAUCAAGACUCUGGGUAUUGGUGCAUUUGGAGAAGUAUGCCUGGCCUGCAAGGUGGAUACCCAUGCCCUGUAUGCCAUGAAGACUCUGCGAAAGAAAGAUACUGAACCGGAAGCUCACUUUGGCUAUAGAAAAGCAGAGAGGGACAUACUUGCUGAGGCAGACAAUGAGUGGGUGGUUAAACUCUAUUAUUCCUUCCAAGAUAAAGAGAACUUGUACUUUGUGAUGGACUACAUCCCUGGUGGGGACAUGAUGAGUCUCCUGAUUCGGAUGGAGGUCUUCCCAGAGCGCCUGGCUAGAUUUUAUAUUGCAGAGCUCACUUUGGCUAUAGAGAGUGUGCACAAAAUGGGAUUCAUUCAUCGAGACAUCAAGCCUGACAACAUUCUGAUAGACCUCGAUGGGCAUAUCAAACUGACUGACUUUGGACUAUGUACUGGAUUCAGGUGGACUCACAAUUCAAAAUAUUAUCAGAAAGGGAGCCAUACCAGACAAGACAGCAUGGAGCCCAGUGAUCUUUGGGAUGAUGUGUCCAAUUGUAGAUGUGGAGAUAGGCUGAAGACAUUGGAACAAAGAGCUAAGAAGCAGCAUCAGAGAUGUCUAGCCCACUCGUUAGUUGGAACCCCUAAUUACAUUGCUCCUGAAGUCCUGCUUCGUAAAGGAUACACUCAGCUGUGUGACUGGUGGAGUGUUGGUGUGAUCCUCUUCGAGAUGUUAGUGGGACAGCCUCCUUUCCUGGCUCCUACACCCACAGAAACUCAACUGAAGGUGAUAAAUUGGGAAAGUACACUGCACAUUCCCUCACAGAUCAAGCUAAGCCCUGAGGCAACUGAUCUCAUCACAAAGCUCUGCUGUGCUGCUGAGGACAGGCUUGGAAGAAAUGGAGCAGAUGAUAUUAAAGCUCAUUCUUUCUUUCACUCUAUGGACUUCUCUACCGAUAUCCGUAGGCAGCCAGCUCCCUAUGUUCCAAAGAUCAGCCAUCCUAUGGACACUUCAAAUUUCGAUCCAGUUGAAGAAGAAAGUCCUUGGAACGAUGCUAGCGGUGACAGCACCAGGACAUGGGAUCCACUAGCUUCUUCCAACAGCAAACAUACAGAACAUGCUUUUUACGAGUUUACUUUCCGAAGAUUCUUUGAUGACAACGGGUAUCCGUUCAGGUAUCCCAAACCUUCUGGAAUGGAAGUUGGCCAGUCUGAGAAAUCUGAUGCAGAAGACAAAGGUGUGGUGGAUCAGACUGGAGCUUGUCAGCCUGUAUAUGUGUAAAUUAUUGUAUAGAGUACUCCAGAUAAGACUAAUCUCGAAUCCAAUAGGGCCUUUAACUGAUCCUUUAGGAGCUGAUCCUGCAGCACUUGUUCAGGUGUACCUUCAGCUGAAGCUGGAGGCAUCCUGGGGAGUCAGAAGCUUGCAGGGCCAGGUCCUAAAAAUGGCACUCUUGAAAGUUCAGGUCAGUUCUACUGUAAAUAACUUUGUUGAUAAUUACACUUGAAAUCCUGGUCUUCACCAAAAUCUGCAAGGCCAGCAGUCUAUCAUUUCUAGGCCUAUUUUUAUUUGAGGUCAGCAUCCCCCUACUCAGAUUA